AUGGGAAAGAAGAGAGAGAAAGAGGGGAGAGAGAAAAAGAAAGGUAGAAAACCACGCUGUGAGAAACAGGAAGUGAGAAAAGGUGCAUGGACUCCUCAAGAAGACAAAAUUCUUGUUGAUUUCAUCUCAAAGAAAGGUCAUGGCACUUGGCGAGAUCUCCCUAAACAAGCAGGUCUCCUUCGGUGUGGAAAGAGUUGUCGUCUUCGUUGGGCAAACUAUCUUCGACCAGACAUUAAACGAGGUCCCUUUAGUCCCGAGGAAGAGAAUACUAUUAUUCAUCUCCAGGGCAUGCUCGGUAACAAAUGGGCUGCUAUUGCUUCUCAUUUACCUGGAAGAACGGAUAAUGACAUCAAGAAUUUGUGGCACUCGCACUUGAAGAAGCAUUUCAGCAGCGUAUGCAGUCCCCAUCCGGCCUCUUCUGAGAUGGUUAUGAAAUCAGAAUCCCCAUCAGAGUGGGAGAAUGUUAGAGUCGAGACUAAGUCGAGUCUUUCUGCGAAUGCAUUGCUUCUCAAUAAUCCAUCAUUGAGAUAUAAAUCCGAUCAAGGCGACUAUUUCAUCCGUCUAUGGAAUUCUGAGGUCGGAAGAUCAUUUCAAAACAUAAACAAAAAUGUAGAACCUAUUAACUGCAAGACCAAAGCAGAAGAUAUGACAACAGCUUACUUAGACUCGUCGAAAUCAUAUGAGAAUGAUGAUUCUUCUGAUGCCAUGUUGAAGCUACUACUAGAUUUCCCAGUCGGGGGAAAUGAUACGGAAUUCCUGCAAGGACUUGUCUAG